AUGAAGAAAUUUCUACUCAACCCUUUCCACCCUCUCCUUGACCCUUUCACCCACCGCCACAACUCCGAGCUCGACCGCCUCCACCGCUUGGAACCCGAGGAGGAUGCCGCCGGCGACAAUCUCUUCGGUUCUUGGGUCCUCUUCCAACAUCCAACCGACAACGACCGUCUCCCCCGCCCAGUGCCGCCACCCCCUCCUCCACAACCGGAGUUCUCCGUUCCCCCGAACGUCAGCCCGAGGGACUACUUCACCGGGCCUAAUUUAAAUGAGCUGAUCGACGAGCUGACCCAGGAUGACCGGCCGGCACCGGCAUCAGCCACCGAGGUGCUGCCGACUGUUUGCAUAAUGGAGGCCCACUUGAUUGACGGCUCCCAGUGCCCGGUUUGCAAGGAGGAAUUUGAACUCGGCGAGGAGGCCCGGGAGAUGCCAUGCAACCAUGUGUACCAUUCGGACUGCAUCCUCCCAUGGUUGAACAUUCACAACUCCUGCCCCGUAUGCCGGUAUCAGCUGCCCAGUGGCCGCAAUGAUCGAGGCCAGCAUGAAGGCGGCGAGGGGUCGAGCAGAAGGCGUGAUGAACAAGACGGUGGCGUAGCUAGAUGGAAUCCCUUCUCUCUUUUGUGGCCCUUUCGGGAUCCUUUGGCCAGCUACCGGAGUCAAGGGGAUGCCGGUGGUGAUCCUUUGAAUGGCCCCAGUGCAUUUUAUUCGUGGUGGCGCUCGUUGUUUCUUCUCUAGUACUUGGUAUUGUUGGCUCAAGGUG